UAAACCCUAUAAAGAAGAAGAAGAAUUUGUUUCCAGCAGCUUCAUUUCCUCCCUUUUGCCCCAAAAGUCUGUUUUUAACCACAAGAACCGCUUUAAUGUCCGCUAAGCGAAGACACGAUGACAACGAUGCGGACGGAGCUGCUUCUUCCGACAUGAAACAGAAGAAGAGACAAGUAGCUGCUUCUUCCAACAAGAACCAGAAGAGACAUGUAGCUGCUCUCAUUUUGGCACGGGGGGGAAGCAAAGGCAUUCCGCUUAAAAACAUCAAGCCCUUAGCCGGUGUCCCCCUCAUGGGAUGGGUGCUGAGGGCUGCUGUGGACUCCGAAGUGUUUGAUAGUGUGUGGGUAUCAACGGACCAUGCCGAGAUUAAGAAAGUUGCUGAGGCAUGGGGUGCUCAGGUGCACCAGAGGAGUCCUGAAGUCUCCAGAGACUCUACUUCAUCAUUAGAAACUAUCCAAGAGUUCCUCGAAUACCAUAAUGAGGUGGAUAUAGUUUGCAACAUCCAGGCUACAUCCCCGUGCCUCCACCCGUUCGAUGUGAAGGAGGCCUUAAAAAAGAUCACAGAGGACGGCUAUGACUCCGUCUUUUCAGUGGUCAGGAGACACCAGUUUCGGUGGAAGGAGGUAGAUGAAUUAUGUAAGUUAACACAUGGCGGUAAGUCGAUCUACUAUGAGAUGCUGCCGGAGUUCAGUGUGGACAUAGAUGGAGACAUCGACUGGCCUGUUGCAGAACAGAGGGUUCUCAGGUACGGGUACCCCGGUAAGGUAGUCCGCCUGCUGUUCUGCAAUGUUUCUGCAUGUUUAGCAGAAGGAAUCAACGCUCUGUCUAGUAAUACCAGAAACACAUCUGCUAUUCACAUGCUGCAGGAAAAACAAGUGGAGGUCAUUCUGUUGACCUCCAGUGAUGACGCUGUGGCCCAGUCUUUGGCUGCCAAACUUAAAAAAAGGACAGGGUGCCAGGUCAUGGAGGUGGGAAAGAAGCCGCUGAACGAUUUGCAAGAGGUCAUGAAGAACAAGAGUCUGGACUGGAAACAUGUGGCAUUCAUGGGUUUUGAUCAAGCAGAUGAGAAAUUGCUGAAGCUGGCAGGUUUGAGUGCAGUACCCGGGGAUGCUCCAGAGUUGGCCUCAAAGGCUGCAAAGUACAUCUGCCCCCUUUCUAGGGGAUCAGGAGCUGUGUGGGAUUUUGCUGAGCUCAUUCUCCUGCAGAAACCAAUGGCAAAACCUCAGUAGGACCACAGCAUUUGUAAGAAGUUCUAAUGGCAGAUUAAUUUUGAUAAAUGGAAGAAAUCAAAAUAAUUAAAAUUAGUCAUGUAUAUGUUAGAAAUGUCAAGAGACGGGUUUGUAGUAAUGGUAAAAAAGCAGAUCCUCAUUCACUUCUAAGUUUUUUUUGUUUUUUUUUUAUAUCAGGACAUAAUAAAAUAAUCAUCUGGUCCUCACCAGUUGCUAAAAAUGGGGAAAGGCAACUUUGGAUGUGUAAAAACACACGGCCUACUACACUUCGUCCCAAUUUAACAGAAGCUAAGCCAAAAUGCAGGAGGUUAGCAGCACCUGCUAGUCAAAUUCAUUUGAUUAAUUUAUCAUCAGCAUGUGUGUGGACCUCUAUAAAAGCAGAGGUUUGACCAUUUUUAAGGUCCAGAGCUCUCACCUGUGAGUUAACACAAUGCCACACACUUCCCAGAAGUUGACGUCUCAUGAUCCCAAGGUCGGACUGUGCGAUGUUCAAAGAGUGCAAAAAAACAAACAAACAAAAAACAGAAAAAGACUUCACAAGUAUGGCUUGUUUGGAAGGGUUGCUAGCAGAAAGUCUCUUCUGCUUCUAAAAACAAUGUGACAGCAUGGCUUAGGUUGAUUAAAGUGUAUCUGAACAAGACUUCUGACCCGGCCAAGGUGGAGAUGUUUAGCUAUAAUGCACAGCACCAUGUUUGGAGAAAACGAGCACAGCAUCAGCAGAA